AUGGAUAAAUUAAAAACAAUUUACAUAGAUUCGGCUUUAAGUAUAAUUAAAGGAGCUUUAUGUGUAAUUCUUCAAAUACCUACUGGUAGAACAACUGAAAGUAUUAAAAAAAAGCAAAACAAUGUUGGUAUAAUAACAGUAAAAUCUAUUUUUAAAGAACCAACUAUAAGUCAGUAUAAUGAUAUAAAACAAUUAAUAAAAACUAAAAUUGAAGAAAAUUGCCCUUUUUACAAUUAUCAAAUUAAUAGAACAAUUGCAGAAAAGAUAUAUGGUGAUACUAUAUAUGAUAAUUAUGGUUUAUCAAAAGAAAUCAAUGAAGUAAACUUGAUCAUUUUAGAAGAAUGGAAUAUAAAUUGUAAUAGAAAUAGAGUUUUAAAACAUAGUGGUUUAAUAAAAAAUAUAGAGAUAAAUAAAUUUAAGUAUUUAAAUAAUAAAGAGUCAUUAGAAGUUCAUUUUUUGGUUAAUCCCAAAUAUACUUUUGAAGAAUUAAAUACAAUAUAUAAAAAUGAAGAGGAAUUAAACAAUUUUCUUUUAUCACCUAUUAUAAAAGUAACUAAUAAGAAAAUUUAUGAAAUAGAAGAUAAAAAGAGCGAGUUUUCUUAUUUAUAUGAAGAAGAUAUAUUACCUAAAAAUAAAGUUUUACCUCCAUCAGGAAUUGAAAAUGUUAAUUAUGAAUCAUCAAAAGUAGUUACCCCAUGGGAUGUGAAUAUAGGUGAAGAAGGAAUUAAUUAUAAUAAAUUAAUAAAAGAAUUUGGUUGCUCAAAAAUCAGUGAUGAACAUAUUAGAAAAAUCGAAAAGUUAACUAAUAGAAAAGCUCACCAUUUUAUAAGAAGAGGGAUUUUUUUUAGCCAUAGAGACUUAGAUUUUUUAUUAAAUUAUUAUGAACAGAACGGAUACUUUUAUAUUUACACAGGAAGGGGACCAUCUUCUCUGUCUAUGCAUUUAGGCCAUCUUAUACCUUUUUAUUUUUGUAAAUAUUUGCAAGAUGCUUUUAACGUUCCUUUAAUUAUACAGCUAUCUGAUGACGAAAAAUUUUUAUUUAACCAAAAUUAUUCUUUAGAUGAUAUAAAUAGAUUCACUAAAGAAAAUGUAAAAGAUAUUAUUGCAGUAGGAUUUAAUCCAGAAUUAACCUUUAUUUUUAAAAAUACAGAAUAUGCAAAUCAUUUAUAUCCAACUGUAUUAGCAAUUCAUAAAAAAACAACAUUAAAUCAAAGUAUGAAUGUAUUUGGUUUCAAUAAUAGUGAUAACAUAGGAAAAAUAUCGUAUCCAUCCUUUCAAAUAGCUCCUUGUUUUUCUCAAUGUUUCCCAAACUUUUUAAAGAAAAAUAUCCCAUGCUUAGUUCCUCAAGGAAUUGAUCAAGACCCUUAUUUUAGAUUAAGUAGAGAUAUAGCUGUUAAAUUAGCUCUAUACAAACCAGUUGUUAUUCAUUCCGUUUUUAUGCCAGGAUUGCAAGGUGUAAAUACCAAAAUGAGUAGCACAAAAAAGAAAGAUAACAAAAAUAUGGAUAGUAAACAAGAUAUUAAUAAUAGCGUUAUUUUUUUAACUGAUUCACCUGAACAAAUAAAAAAUAAAAUUAACAAAUAUGCUUUUAGUGGAGGAGGAGCUACUAUAGCUGAACACAAAGAAAAAGGAGCAGAUUUAGAAAAAGAUAUUUCUUAUCAAUAUUUAAGAUAUUUUUUAGUGGAUGAUGAAAAAUUAAAUGAAAUUGGAGAAAAAUAUAAAAAAGGAGAAAUGUUAAGUGGAGAAAUCAAAAAAAUACUCAUUGAUAUUUUAACUGAUUUAGUACAAAAACAUCAAGAAAAAAGAAAUUCAUUGACAGAUGAAGAUAUCUUAUAUUUUUUCAACGAUAAUAAAUCUAGUCUUAAAAAAUUUAAAGAUAUGUAA